AUGUGGGAGGUCGACCCCGAGACGCGAUCAAAGCUUCUGGAGAUCCAACAGACAAACGGGAACGAUCGGUGCUGCGACUGCGGAGCGCCGUCUCCACAAUGGGCGUCGCCCAAGUUUGGCAUCUUCAUCUGUCUGAACUGCGCGGGCGUCCACCGGGGGCUCGGGGUGCAUAUCAGUUUCGUGCGGAGUAUCACUAUGGAUGCGUUCAAGGCCCAGGAGAUCGAGCGGAUGCGGCUGGGUGGGAACAAGCCCUGGCGGGACUUCUUUGAUGCGGCGGAGGCGAAUGCGAUGGCGGGUAUCAGCUGGGACGAUGCUACGAUCGCAGAGCGCUACUCGGGAGAGAUAGGAGAGGAAUGGAAAGAUAGGCUGACCGCAAAGGUCGAAGGCAAAGAAUACGUCCCCUCUGAAAAACCAGCAGCCAUCUCGGUCAACGUCGGCAGCGCAGCAACCGCUGCCGGCCCCAACAGGGUCGGAACCCCCUUAAGCGCACGCGCGCGAACCGAUAGCCCAAGUAGGACCGGGCCAGGAGGGAAAGUGAAGGUAGACGAUAAGUACUUUGCCGGGCUAGGCGCCGCAAAUGCCAGCCGGCCGGAUGAUCUGCCUCCCAACCAAGGAGGAAAGUAUUCUGGCUUUGGAAGCACUCCCAUCGAGCCGGCGCAGGAUAAUCACCGACUGCCGGGUUUCGACGACCUACAGAAGGAUCCCGUGGCCGCGUUGACGAAGGGCUUUGGCUGGUUCGCGUCUACAGUAGGAAAGACGGCCAAGACCGUCAGCGAAGGCUACAUCCAACCCACCGCUCACAAGUUAGCAGAGACGGACCUCGCAGCGCACGCGCGGAUCGCCGCGGCGCAGGUGGCGCGAGGAGCACAGACAGGCGCGCGCAGCGCAGCGGACAACUUCAACCGCUUCGUGGAAGGCAGCGGCGGGUCCUCGCACGGCGGCCGGUCCGCGCCCCUCGACGAGAGCAAGAAGGACUUCUGGGAUCGGUUCGCCGAGGCGGGCAGCCAGCGGCCCAGCGCCAUCGGCACAUCGGCCGUCAAGAAGACGGGCGGUGCGCCGUCCAGCGCGACCGUCGUCGGCAAGGACGAGGAUAACUGGGAUAAAUGGUAA